UGGACAGUAUGCCGAGUUUGUAUAGUAUUCCUUAGCUUCGAAUGAGGAUCUAUCGAGGUGGCAAAGCUACUUUACUAGACUACUAGUACUACCGUACCUGGUAGUAUUGCUUGAUCUUGCGGUACGGUAGUCUGCAGCUGCAGAAACUUCUAUUCGUUGUAGAAUCUUUCCGGGCGUGGUCAUGGGGUAUUGAUUGAUGAAGUGAUGAAGGCCUACAUGUAUCCCCACAUCAUGUUGUGUUUGCAGCGGCGCUGCCGGUACCGUACACGUGUACCGGUACAGGCACCGCACCUCCUCCUCCAAGAUAACAAACCUAUUUUUACAGCCUUGCAGGUUUAAUUAGUCAUGAUUGAUCAUACACAGUGUAGUGACGUCGUUUUGCCGAGUUCAUCAUGAGAAGCCAACAAGCAAAUUGCCGAGGAUCUUUCUCGCGACGAAUCUACUUCGUCGGUGGCGGAAGGAUUCACAAAACCAAACAGCGAAGGACGAGAAAAGAAGAUACCUAUUGGUCUCCCAUCCAUCAACUCGAAGCAUCUCACAACCAACAAUGUCGUCUGCUUCUACUAGUAGCCAUAGCACUUCCACACUGGCUGUGACAGCAGCAGUAACAGGAGUAGUUGCUGUUAGUACCACUGCCUUGAUCACGUACCUUGUCACAAAGCGCAAUGAAGAGUACAAGCAUCAAAAAUUCCAGUAUGAAACCUACCAGCGUGAUUUGAUGAUCCGUGAAAAGACCAUCUUGGCUCGAAAAGAGGCAGGAGAGCCUCCCACAGGAACACCCAUUGAUGUUCGUGUGGAUCGGGUAUACCUCUGGGAAGUCGAAGAUUUGCGCAAGCGAUUUCCUGGUACCAAAAUUGAAAACAAAAUGAGGGUUUCCAGCUCGACACUCAAGACGAGGAGCCCCAUGAUGCGCAGGGUAGCUGCUGCCGAUGGCGCUGGAGGAAAACGUGGCUCCUUUACCAGUGGUGAAGGAUAUCAGAUUACGGAAUACAACAAGUUGAUUACCAAUCACGAGUGUAUUUUGGGCCAGAUUAUUCGAAAACCCAACAUGGCAGUUCACUCGGUGGGUUAUAUACGAGCUGGGCCUAGACGACACCUACACUUUGAUCCCCGUCAAGUCAGUGCUGCCAUUGUCACUUGUGGAGGACUCUGUCCUGGACUCAACAACUGCAUUCGAGAAAUUACCAAGACAUUGCACCAGUUGUAUGGAAUUGGGGGCAAGGUUUAUGGAAUUCAGGCCGGAUAUCAAGGGUUCUCUGCCACAGAACCACAUUUGCAACCCCUUGAGUUGACACCAGAACUGGUGGAAGAUAUUCAUCAUAGUGGAGGUACAGUCUUGGGAUCUUCUCGUGGAGGAUUCAAUUUGGAGGCCAUUCUGGCAUUUUUGAAAAAGAAAGAUAUCAAGCAGUUGUAUGUUAUCGGAGGUGAUGGAACCCAUCGUGGAGCCUUUCGCAUUCAUGAAGGUUGCAUGGAACAUGGUCUCAAUGUAGCAGUGGCCGGAAUUCCGAAGACGAUUGACAACGACAUUGACCACAUUGACCACACCUUUGGAUUUGCCAGUGCUGUGGAGGCUGCCCAAGUUGCCAUUCGCUCUGCCAAAACAGAAGCAGUCUGCAAUCUACCAAAUGGUGUUGGUAUUGUGAAGUUGAUGGGACGCUCAGCUGGUUUCAUUGCAGCUCAUGCCACCAUGGCAUCUGGAGAUGUGGAUCUUUGCUUGGUUCCAGAAGUCCCACUUGUGCUGGAAGGUGAGAAUGGUUGCUUGCCCCAUUUGUGGCGCCGGGUCAAGCAACAGGGCUAUGCUGUGGUGGUAGUUGCAGAAGGAGCUGGAGAAGAGGUGCUGGGGACCUCUGCUGAAACUGAUGCCAGUGGCAACAAAAAGCUCCCCAAGAUUGGUGAAUACAUGAAGAAACAGGUGGAGGAGUAUUUCAAGAAGAUGGGAGAAGUUGCCACAGUCAAGUACAUUGAUCCUUCCUACACAGUCCGCUCUGUUCCAGCCAAUGCAGCCGAUUCCUUGUACUGUAUGCAACUGGGCCAGAAUGCUGUCCAUGGUGCCAUGGCAGGCUUUACAGGUUUCAGUGUUGGUCUUUGCAACAAUCGAAUGGUCUUUCUCCCCAUUCCUGAAUUGGUAGCAACUUCGCCCCGGAACAUGAAUCCCAAGGGUCGCACUUGGGAGCGAGUUUUAGCUUUGACUAGGCAACCCAACACAGUGCCAGAGGAUAAGGAAUUUGAUCAUACAGAGCCUACCUUGCGUUAAAGUGCACAAAACACUGUGGCAAAGUGCACAAAACUCUGUGGCUUCCUCCAUCUACCAACUCACCCCUUUGCACUGAGGCAUGAUCAGAGAAUAGUGGAAACAGCCCCAGGCAAAAGGCACCGGCAGCCAACGGGAGUGGCAACACAUGCUCUUGGAAGAAACUUUCCCCCAAUUAGUUAGUCAAUUUUGAUUGUUGAAUUCCGCAAACCUCACUUGUGAUUCUAGCUUGGUACGUGUGGACUGCCUUGGCCUACUCGGUUGCAUAAUUCUCUGCCGGUGCCGGUACAUGUUGCGACCUCCUUUCGCUCCCAGCGUAGAGCUUGUACAUCUGGAACCAUCGGUGUUCGCUUGCGUUUCGUCGUUUCGUUGACCUUGGCGGAAGGCUGGGAGGCAAACCCAACGUGUCCUCUCCUGCACAAUCGUAGUCUUCCCACACGAAGUGCUCGUGGGUCAAACUGAGACAACGCGCUGGAAAACGUCCCAUGUCAUCGGUGGAGUUCUCUCGGACAAAGAACCUCGGUCAAUUGAUCGCUUGUGGCGUCAGUCGGGCGCUUUGAUUUGCGAAUGGGUUGC